AUGUCCACGGCCCAGGACCUCUACGACUGCAUCGUGAUCGGAGCCGGGGUCCAAGGCUCCUUCACGGCCUACAGUCUGGCCAAGCGGGGGAAGAAGACUCUGCUGCUGGAACAGUUCAUCCUGCCGCACUCCAGGGGCAGCUCCCACGGUCAGAGCCGCAUCAUCAGGAAGGCCUACGAGGAGGACUUCUACGUCCACAUGAUGGAUGAAUGCUACAGGCUGUGGAAGGAGCUGGAGCAGGAGGCCGGCGUCUCCCUCUACAGACAGACGGGUCUCCUGCUGAUGGGUCCAGAGAACAGCGCCUACUUCAGUCAGACCAGAGAAACGCUGCUGAGGAGCGGGACCCCCACCGUGAGCAUCAGUCAGGAGGACUUCAGCUCCCACAUCCCCCACAUGCUGCUGGCCCCGGGGGACGGAGCCAUCGUGGACGUGACGGCGGGGGUUCUGUUCGCCGACCGCGCCCUCAAGACAGCACAGGACCAGUUUAAGAAGCUCGGGGGCGUGCUGCGCGACCAGGAGAAGGUGGAGGACAUCACCCCUGGCUCCGUCGUCACGGUAACGACGGCGUCCGGAUCGUACCGGGCGCGGAGCGUGGUCAUCACCGUAGGAGCGUGGGCCAACAGAGUACUGGCCUCCACCGGACUGCAGCUCCCCCUGGAGGUGAUAAAGAUCAACGUAUGUUACUGGAAAGAGAAGACUCCGGGAUCGUACCAUGUGAGAAACCGUUUCCCCUGUUUCCUGCUGACGGAGGGAGAGGAGGCUCAAGAACACAUCUACGGUCUCCCAUCCAACGAGUACCCAGGACUGGUCAAGAUCUGCUUCCACAACGGCAGCCCCACGGACCCGGAUCAACGCGACCGUCAGACCGACCGCUCCGACGUGGACAUUCUGAGCCGAUUCGUGUCUCGCUGCGUCCCGGGACUGGAGCCAGAGCCCGCCAUCGUGGAGAGCUGCAUGUACACGAUGACCCCUGACCGUCACUUCGUCCUGGACGUUCAUCCUCAGCACAGAAACAUUGUGAUUGGAGCAGGUUUCUCUGGUCAUGGGUUUAAGUUCGGUCCGAUCGUGGGGCAGUUGCUGUGUGAGCUGAGUCUGGGGGAGGUGCCGACCUUCGACCUCUCCCCGUUCAGGAUCCGCCGCUUCCAGGGACAAAGCCGCUCUGCUCUGUAG